AUGGUGCGGAUGGCCCGUGCCUUCUCAUCCUUCGACUGCGACAGCGACGGCAAGAUCUCGGCGGCCGAGCUGCGGCUCUACGUGGAGGCGACGCUCGGCGACGGCAUAUCGGCCGAGGACGCCGCGGCGCUCGUGGAGUCGGUGGACGCGGACGGCGACGGGCUGCUCAGCGAGGAGGAGUUCCUGAAGCUGGCGGCCGAGGGGGAGGGGGGAGAAGAGGACCAGAGGCGCAGGGGUCUGAGGGACGCGUUCGGGGUGUACGAGGUGGAGGGGAGAGGGUGCAUCACGCCGGCCAGCCUGAGGCGGGCGCUGAGCCGGCUGGGCGCCAGCCGGGACGUCGGCGACUGCCGCGCCAUGAUCCAGAGGUUCGAUCUCAACGGAGUCGGGGUGCUCACCUUCGACGAGUUCGAGACCAUGAUGGACUCGUAGGGGACUCCGUUGGCGCCAACCGUGUGCGUGCUUGGUAUGCCCGGACGUGACGUCUUGCGCCUAUGACUAUGAGAG